GUUUCAAAUGAUGCUGACAUCAACUUCCGUAGCAGCCGAUGCUGAACAUUUCAUCCAGAUGUAAUGCCACUGCAUGAUCCUCUGUUAAAGAGACUUAAAGGAAUAGUUCUUGAUCUUAGGAUAAAGAAAGAUGUCAUCACAGACAACAGUCCUGUACUAACAGAACUUUGUAUAAUACUAGAGGAUAUCUUUACAAGGGGAUGUAGAGACACAUCAUGGUUUAACAAAACAAAUUACAGAUAUUGGACGUGGAUUGAAAAGAUUUCACAAAGUGGAAGGUAUCAGCCAGCAUUUCACAUGGUAAUAGAUACAGUAAAAGAUUGUAAAAAGACAUGUACAGACUGUGGACGUGGCAGACUAUUUAUUAGGUCAGCUUUAUCAAAGAAAGUAUUGGCAGUUCCAGUGCAACAGAUUGUUAAAGACCAACAGCUACUACAAGAAUUCUACUAUUCAUAUAACACAGUAAUAGGAGAUGAAAUAUUGUCUGAAAUUCUGAUAUCCCUCUUACUGGAGAUUUCAGAGGUCACAUUCCAUUUAAAGAUUCAUAAUUCCAGUUUCUUGGACAAAACUUGGGAACUGCCUAUUUAUAAAAACUUUGAAUUUGUACCAUGUGGAGAUCUUGGUUUGAAUGUACAACAGGUUCAGGAAUAUUUUAUUGUCAAGUCAAUAAAACCUGGAAGUGUGGCAGAGGAAGAUGGAAAGAUAGGACCAGGGGAUGUUAUUGAUGAAUUAUAUAGCUUUGCUCUUACUCCACUUAGUCUUCCAAAUGUACAUAAAUUAAUGGCAAAGCAUAAAGGUCUACCAGUGUAUGUUGGUGUCAUUAAGCUUUGUGACAGAGCAGGGAAGUAUUUUCCUCCUAUUGUCCGGUUACUGGAAGAGAUCAAUAUAAAUCCCAGAACUUUACAGAAGGAGAUAGUACCAGAUGAUAAGGAUAACAACAAUUCAGACAGGAAACCAGGACAUGCUAUUCUACCAGAGGAAGAGGAUGCUGAGAGACCUGUUCACGCUCCUGAUGGAAGUGCAUUAUAUAAAGCAACAUACCUUGGCAAUGUAGAUCUUGGACCAGAUGGUAGAGUUAACAGAAUAGAAGAUGGAGUAGAUUUAGUGCUUAGAAAUCACAAACAAGUAAUUGAAGUUUUGAUGGAUCUGAGGGAGAAGGAUGUCAUUGUUAGUGAUGCUACCAACAACAACAAGGUAAUUUUACGCCAAACCUAUACAGAAAUUUCAGCCUGUGGAAGAAGAACUGAUUUGAUGAAAUACUUUGGAUACAUUGCAGGAGAGACCACAUGCAGUUUAGCUCGUAACUUUCUGUGUCAUGUGUUUGAAGCAAGAACUGAAGAACAGGCCAAAUUGAUUCUAUGCACAUUAGCUCAAGGAUUUGAAAGAACCCACCUGUUGUUGUGACAACAGUAGUAUAUACUUUUAGAAGAACAACCUAGCUGGCAGUAGUGUGGUGUUGAAAGACAAUACAAACAUUUUAUGUACCUGCACCAUUUUACCUGAUGUUGUAGUCAGUGCAAUAUCUGCCAACAUUUAACUUGGUGCAAAUGUGUCCCAUACAUACACAUUUUUUUCCCCAUUUGCAAAAGGUAAAGAAAUGAAUCAAAACUAACUGUUAGUUAAAUUUGACUUGGCUGGCCAGAUUAGCAUGUGUUAAAUUUGACUUGGCUGGCCAGAUUAGCAUGUGUUAAAUUUGACUUGGCUGGCCAGAUUAGCAUGUGUUAAAUUUGACUUGGCUGGCCAGAUUAGCAUGUGUUAAAUUUGACUUGGCUGGCCAGAUUAGCAUGUGUUAAAUUUGACUUGGCUGGCCAGAUUAGCAUGUGUUAUAUUUGACUUGGCUGGCCAGAUUAGCAUGUGUUAAAUUUGACUUGGCUGGCCAGAUUAGCAUGUGUUAUAUUUGACUUGGCUGGCCAGAUUAGCAUGUGUUAAAUUUGACUUGGCUGGCCAGAUUAGCAUGUGUUAUAUUUGACUUGGCUGGCCAGAUUAGCAUGUAAAUAAUAAGAAUUUACCAAAAUACCAAACUCCAAGGUCAGUUCAAAGUCACAUAAACAGAUUAAGAGUAGUCUGAUUACUAAGAAGAUUUGAAAAAACUUUACGGAUAAUUUGUUAAUCUUUUAUAAGAUAUAAAAGUAUAAAUUACACUUAUCUGGUAAAAAAUGGAAGUCUGAUAGAAAGUAUGAGAUAAAAUCAUUUAAACAAAAAAACAUAUUCUUUUGAAAUAAAUCUUGAACUAAAACUAACACUCACAAUUAUAUUUUUGUAUACAAUUGAAGUGUUUGGAGAGAAAGAUAUUUUUUUUUUAUUAAUUUGAAAUUCGAUUUCAGAGAGACUCAGAUCAUAUAAAUAGAAAUCACUUUAUAAUCAUUUAAGUUAUACUUAAAGUACAAAUAGUAAUACAGUUAUAUACAGUUGUUGGCAGGUAUUUCAUAUAAGAUUUAGGAUGGGUUUUAUGUAGUCUGGAAGGAAAUAUAGUACUGUUAGAGUGUGUCACAUUUUAUAUUUUACCUGGUUGUGAACAAGUUUCAUUACAUUCCAUUUUUUAACUAGAACAAAUAUUGUGUCAAAGAAUUGAAAAAGAUUUUUAGUAAUUAUGUUAAUGAAUAGAAAUAUGCAAACUGUUUUUGUUUUUUUUUCUGUGUCAUGAAAACAUAUGCUGUUUGAGGUAAAGCAAGUGCCCUCAAAUUUUAUAGUCACUGGCUGUCUAGCUUGAUUUCAGUUUUUUUUACUAUGUAAUCUUCUUUAGAUCCUAGUCUGGCAUAAAGUUGUUAUAAUUUCCCAUUCUUAUUACAUAGUAUCUAUUUAAUGAUCAAUUCAAGAAACUGAAAUCCAUAUUUAUUUAUUUAUAUUUACAAACAUGUUUUCACCUUAUCAACCAGCUUACAAAUCAGAUUGUCAAACAAGCAAUACUGAUAACUUCUAACAUCAGGGUUUGAUUGCAAUGAAUAUUUUGAUCAAGUUGUUUGUUUUAUUUAUGUAACUUUUUUUUUUAAUUGGUAUCUUUAUAUUCUAUUGGGGUAUUUGUUUUUUUCUUUCUCUUUCUCUUUCCCAAUUCAAUAUUAUCAUGUUGUUGUAUUAUAUUUUUGAAUGAUUAUAUUUAACUAUUCUUGUUUUAUUGUCAUCACUUGUUGUCAGUCUUCUGAAAACAUUUUUUUCCCAUUGCAUAUUCUGAACCAAGUUUAAUCAAUAAAUCAUCCUAUGGGCAUUAUUAGUAUCAUUAUCAAUACACUACUUUAACCUUUAUUACUAUAAAUAAAACACCGUAAAACUUCAUACAUAUGAACUAUAGUGUUAAUGGGAUAUUGGAUUUUCGUUAAUAAAGUGUGUGACUAACCCCUCCAACUAGUCUUACUUUAGUUAUUUAUAAGUUAAUAACUCCUUCUAGUCUAACUGUAGUAACUGACAAGUUAAUAUUAACCCUUCUACUAGUCUUAAUGUAGUAAAACAAGAUAAUUUUAACUCCUUCUACUAGUCUUACUGUAGAAACUAAAGUGUUAAUAUAAACCCCCUUCUACUAGUCUUUAAAAGAGCGACUCAUAAAUCGAAAAUUAACUGACAACGCCUGGAUAAAAAUAAAAAGACAAACAGACAAAUAGACAAACAAUACUUUAAUUUAUCAAGUAGCAAGUUAAUAUUAAAUCCUUCUAGUCUUACUGUAGAAACUAAUAAGUUAAUAUUAACCCCUUCUGUAGCUACUAUUAUAUAUUAACUUCUCUCAGUAGUCUUUACCUUAGUCGGAAGUUAAUAGUAACCCCUUCCACUAGUUCUACUGUAGUAAAAAACAAGUUAAUAUAAAAUGUAGAAAAAUACUGAAUUCUGAGGAAAGUCUCUAAUCAAAUGGCAAAAUCAAAAGCUCAAACACAUCAAUUGAAUGGACACCAACUGUCCUAUUCCUAUCUUGGUACAGGCAUUCCCAGUAUUCUCACUUCAGUAGGAAUGUACCGAUAAUAUUAAACCCUCCUACUAAUGUUACUGUAGUAACUAAAAUAGUUGACAUUUGGUUUAAAAGAACUGAGCUGGGAAUUAGUCUCAUUAGUAAUCUCCUCUAAAAACAAGGUGGAUGAUUAUAUAUAUACUAAAGUAUAGGUUAAUUUAGAUUUUUUGGUAUGUUUGAUUUGAAUUGAGUUCCCUUUUCGUAGAAUAUAUUUUUUUAAACUACUCUGGUGUUUUAUUACAUGGCUUUUAAAAAAAGUGUUAGAUUUUUUGCAGGUCAGAUAAAAAGAGUAAACUCUAUAAUAGUAUUUAGGUUUUCAAAUAUCUAUUUGUAUAAUUUGAUAAGGUUGAUUACUGAAGAUAUAGAAACAUGCAGUAGUUAUAUAUACAUGAUUUUGUUUGUUCAUUUAAAUGAUCUCUAAAAAUUGAAAGAACAAAUAAUCAUUUGCUUGAUCCUUUAAAAAGUGCUGAGAUAAUGUGUGUUUUUUUUUUAUCAAAUUAACUCAUGAGAGUGACUUUUGCUAGUUAGGUGAGAAAGACUAUUUUCUAGGAACUUUUUGUUAGAUCUGUUAUAUUUUGCUGGGAAGGUUGUUUCUUUAAAUAUUAUUUCCUUGUUUUCAUAUAUUUAUUUAUUGGUUUAUUUAUAUUUUUUUAUACAUUAAAAUAUAUCCAUUUGUA